AUGAGGCUCCAGCUGGAGAAGCAGCUCCUUUUCCUCUCCCUCCUCUGCAUCCUCUCCAAGGUGUGUGCCCAGCUGUGCCGGAGACCAUGCUACUGCCCCUGGGUGCCACCCCGCUGCCCCCGCGGGUCCCCCCUGGUCCUGGACGGCUGCGGCUGCUGCAAGAUCUGCGCUCGGCGCCUGGGAGAGCCCUGCGACUUCCUCCACGUCUGCGACCAGAGCCAGGGCCUUGUCUGCGACUACAGCACGGCACCCGCAGGGACAGGAGCCACCUGCAACUUUGAAGACAGCGAGGAGGGCUGCGAGGUGAACGGACGGGUCUAUCGAGACGGAGAGGUUUUCCAGCCCAGCUGCAAACUCCAGUGCCGCUGCCUGGACGGGGGCUUCACCUGCGUCCCCCUCUGCCAGGAAGACGUCCGGCUGCCCACCCCAGACUGCCCCUACCCACGGCGCGUGGAGGUCCCAGGGAAGUGCUGCCCAGAGUGGAUCUGCGAAGCCCGGGACCGGCAUCUCCUCCGGGAUGCUGGGGCAGCCCCCAGGGCAGCAUCCCCGCUGCUGCCGUACCCCUGCCAGGAGUGGGGCACGGAGUGGAGCGCCUGCUCGGCCACCUGUGGUGUGGGCUUUUCUACCCGCGUCUCCAACCAGAACCGAUACUGCAGGCUGGAGACUCAGAGGCGGCUCUGCAUGGCUAGACCCUGCCCGGCUCUGCUGGCAGCAUCCCCGGCGAGGGGAAAUGGAGCUCGUUUGUAG